AUGGAGGAGCUGAAGGAGACAUUGUCCACAUCGUCGUCGUCAUCGUCCGCCUUCCAAGCCAUCAAGAAGGCACUAGGCGCCAAGAUCGACGACCCGGAGAUCGUGCAGUACCUGGCGUCCGCAGACUCUCACCGUCAAGAGCAACGCACCGCCGAGUCUGUCCCCUCGGCGGUGCUAAAGGAGAUCAAGGCGAAGAAGGGGAUGAAGCCCGGGCAGCAAAAGCAAUGCGUCGAGCUAUACCACGCUGCUCGAGCGCUCAUCGCCGCUGCCGACGUCCCCGGAGAGGUCAAGGUCCGGGGCUCCUCCCCUUCGGCGCAAAAGGUCUCCAUCCCUCUUCCCCCCAAUUACGUCGACCAUGUUGGCGUCCUGCGCUCGGCCGGCCUGCCGGACAGGCAGCUCUACGUCGCCCUCGCGCGCAUCACCGGGGACCCGUCGCCAGAGACAGACACAGAUUUCCACCGCCAAGCCGUCGAUCUGGUGCGCGAGACCUCUCAUCUCUUUGGUGAGGCUAAGCCCUACGUGCUUUGGUUGGUGUGGAAAACCGGCAAUGCAAUCGCCGGGCUGCUGGUCGAGGUCGAUGGAGCUGGGAAGAAGAUUCGCCGGCACAAGCUGUACGAGGACGUGAGGCCAAUCAUCAACAUGGCCGAUCGGAUCUACCUCCUCGGCGACGACUCAGUCGCCAACGACAAGGGAUCCCUGCAGCACAUCUUCGGAGAGUCGCGAGCCCAAUUCUACGUGUGGGCCGCAGACAAUGGCAAAUUCGAAGCUGCAUGGAAGGCGUACAGCAGCAAGGAGUUCUUCGGCUUCCUCGACGGGAGUGUCAAGUGCUGGGGCAACUUCGUCAAGUGGCUGAGGAGGGGGGAGUCACGUCGUCUCGGCAAUGCCCUCGCAAGCUGGUUCAAGCGGGACGUGCGGGGGAGGUACGACAUGUUCCAGCAGGCGGGAGGCUGGGUCGUCUGGCCGGAGAACGGCAAGCAGCCGACUCUGAGCAGGAGCGACACCUGCGUCGUCGUCGACCUGGAUGACGGCAAGCAGGCAAAGGCGGGCUCGUCGGCGGCGAGGGGCAGCAAGGCGGUGGGUGGAUCUGGGGCCGGCAGCGGAGCGGCACCAUCAUCCAGUAGGGGGAGAGGAGGAGGAGCGAGCGCCUCGAGCUCAAAGAGGGCUUCGGAGGACCCAGUCCCCAGCCCGCAGGAAGCCAAGAGGCUCAAGGGGCUGAUGCGAGAGGAGAAGCUGCGUCGGUGCACGCAGGGGGACGUCGCGUGCUUCCACGCAGUGGAGACAGGGCUGCGGAUGGGGCAGCAAGCGGGGGAGUCGCAGAGGCGAUUUGCUUGUCGGCAUUGGUUCGAGGCCCACUCUCACGAGGAGGUCAAGAGCUGCCCGUCUUGCGCCCGAGAGCACUGCAGGGGCUUCUACCGCUUGGGGACGUGGGACUGGGAUACCGUCAUGGCCCACCUCGUCAGCGCGCACCACUGCUGGCAGGACGAGCUCGACGAAGUCGUUUGA